CGCGCACGGUGCGCACUCCCGCAGUCCCGCAGUCUGGCAGGAUACGAACCGCACACGCACGCCGAAAAUCGAAGUCUUGCAUAACGGCAGCCGCUCUCCCGCCUCCAGGCACCGCCGCUAGAAUCACUAGUGCCCCCUUCAAAACACCAUUAGUGACAUAAUACCCACAUUGCUGUAGAUAUUUUAAAAUCGACGCGGUUUCUCGAUCUUAAAUCUUGUUUGAAAACAAACACUGCCUUUCUAUUCGAAUUUUCGAACCGUGACACAAAGGACUCGGUUCUCCAGGGCGACGCGGUCGAACUGCCAAACUUCGGCAAGUUUGCAACAACUCCUGCGGGAAUCAUUCAUCAUCGUAAUAUCGUAACAGAUUGCCGACAAGCGUGGGCAACACAUUGCAAAUUAUCGCAACAUACGAAGCGAAACGUAUCAAGAUUCAAGUAACCAACAUCAAGGACAUCACACAAGUUUAAUUUGAAAGAAAGAAGCGAAACAGAAACGAGAUUUGAAAAUGUCUCAGUCAAAUUACAAAUUGAUUUAUUUCAACGCGCGAGGCCGAGCGGAACACAUCCGCUUUAUAUUCGCCUACGCCGGCGUCGAUUAUCAGGACGAACGCAUCCCAAGGGAGAAGUGGUCAGAGCUGAAGAAACAAAUGCCCUUUGGGAUGGUACCCGUGCUGGAGAUCGAUGGUAAAAAAAUAGAUCAAAGCAACGCUAUCGCACGCCAUCUAGCGCAGAAGUUCGGACUCACCGGGAAGGAUGAAAUGGAAGCGCUGCAGUGUGAUGCACUUGUCGACACUCUGGGAGAUCUCAAACAAGUGCUCUGGCAGCUGCGGACCGAAACGGAUCCAAUUAAAAAGGAGGAACGCAAGGCGAAACUAAUGAGAGAGACGAUCCCCUUCUACCUCUCCAAGUUUGAGAAGAUUGUCGCCGAGAAUAAUGGCUUCUCCGUCGGCGAUUCUAUCACGUGGUGCGAUUUUGUAUUCGCCGUGUCGUUGGAGAACUUCGAGGCAAUUUUUGGUAAAUCUUCCCUAGACUACUACCCUGGAUUGAAAGCCCUGAAGAACAAGAUCUACGCUUUGCCGAGCAUAGCCGAAUGGGUGACAAAACGCCCACACACCGAAUCUUAAUUCGCUUCGCGCGCCUGCCAGCGAACAACCCCACCGUAAAUCAAUAACUAAAAAACAAAUGAGAACAAAAACAACAAGACAUUCAUCACUUCAAUCACGUGGAAAGACAUUCAUAUCUACACAACAAUCAGCAAAACGAACAAUAACUACCAUAAUUAUCAAAUGACGAAAGCUUGCGAGAAAUUAUCAAACACGUUACACGAAACAAUCGAGUGAGAUUAAAGGUUAAAGAUUAACUGCAUGAUGGACAACUGCCAUGCGUAGAAAAUAAAACACCGAUCAACAAAAAAUUGAAUUAACUAAGAUGGCACCGCUUUAACUUUUGCACAAGGUGCAAACAUACGUUAAAUAAGAAAGGUAGAAUAACAAAAUGGCGCAGAUCCUGGCGGCCAUUUUGUUUUGUCUGCAUUUGCAUGCAUAACACAGUGACACUAGAUAUUAAAUACGUAGAUGCAUUAUAGGUUAUGAUUUUGGUUUGCGUUUUAUAUGAUAAACAGCUAGAGCCGAAUGUUGUGUCUGAUUACGAAUACUGAAUGUUAUCAAAUCGAUGUAAUUCAAAUGAGUGUUGCGUUGUUUUAAUGUUAGCUGCGUUGCAUAACGAGAUUAGGAACAAAUCAAACAAAAUUCUUACACACAAACGCUUUAUAUUUGUUUGUUAGAUGAGUUAAUGCAUAAAAAAACAAAAAAUCAGAAAAUAUGUGAUGGAUUCAUCACGGAUCAGAGGAGACAUUCAUGUUGACACUAAAGAAUAUAUCUAUCAAUGUAAUAUAAACAGAAAAGACAAAAUAUAUGUGCUGUUAUAAAUGUAAAACAAUGUUGAAUGAUGUACAUAGGAACCAACAAAUACAUAUAUAAUUUCAAAAUGAAACAUAACCAAACUUAUUUCACCUAGUUUAUUUAUGCAAUCACUUUUAAAGUAAACGAUUCCGCUGAUGGAGUCACAAAAUACAAAAUAAUUAACAUUGGAUAUUAAAUAAGACAAAUAAUUACUGGAUGCAACACACUAGACACACUGUAUAUGUACAAAAAUCAAAACGGUGGCGCGCACGUUGAAUACCACAGACGAGAAGCUUUACUAAAAACAAAAACGCGUGCGACCGCCAUUUUGCAAUGACCUGGU